UUGGGUGACUACGCACCGCCACUAACUUGCACAGACUCUUCGGACGCCAUCCUUCAUCCAAAUCCAGCGUAAAACAGAAAGCCGAACCGAAAUCAUGAGCUUCACGGUAGAAGAGAGGGGAAACCCGAACUCGCUGAGCUACCGCCUGUUCUUCAAAAAUGCUGAAGGGAAGUACAUCUCACCAUUUCAUGACAUACCUAUAUAUGCCGAUGAGAGUCAGAACAUCUUUCAUAUGGUUGUUGAAGUGCCAAGAUGGACAAAUGCAAAAAUGGAGAUUGCUACAAAAGACUUCUUGAACCCAAUAAAGCAAGAUGUUAAGAAGGGCAAGCUGCGUUAUGUUGCCAAUGUUUUCCCACAUAAAGGCUACAUAUGGAACUAUGGAGCCAUUCCUCAGACGUGGGAAGAUCCUGCGCAUAAAGAUGGAGACACUGACUGCUGUGGUGACAACGACCCCAUUGAUGUCUGUGAAAUCGGCAGUAAGGUGUGCUCCCGUGGAGAAGUAAUCAAAGUGAAAGUCCUGGGCAUCCUGGCUAUGAUCGAUGAGGGCGAAACCGAUUGGAAAGUGAUUGCAAUCAAUGUAGAGGACCCCGAGGCCAGCGAGAUGAACAACAUUAGUGAUGUCCAGCGCCUUAAACCUGGCUACCUGGAGGCCACAGUCGACUGGUUCAGGAGGUACAAAGUGCCAGAUGGGAAACCAGAGAACCGAUUUGCUUUCAACGAAGAGUUCAAAGACAAGGACUUUGCCAUUGAAGUAAUCAAGAGCACUCAUAACUUCUGGAAAGCCCUCAUUUCCCAACAGGCUAAAGCUGGUGAACUGAACUGCAAAAACACAUGUAUCUCGGCCAACAACAGCCCUUUCUGCUGCUCUGCAGAUGAGGCUAAUGCUGCUGUUGGAGAGACAUGCCCGUGUGGAAAAGAAGAGCCUAUCCCCACAUCAGUCGAUAAAUGGUUCUACUAUGAGAGGAAGUAAAGCAGGAGCUGUUUCAAGUGGACCAGGAUGAAAGCUCAUCUCUCACAGGAAUACUUGAAGACAAACUUAGAUCAGGAACCAAUGGGAUGGCUGGGUCAGGGUUUGCCUGUCUUCUUGUAGAUGGCGAGAAUAGAUCCUGUAGAGAACGAGAGACAUCAAAUAGCACUUAUGUCACGACCAAUAAUUUUUCACUUAUUUAAAAAAAAAAAAAAAUCUCUUUGGAGAUGCGCUGUAAUGAACAAAGUACAGGUACUGUGCCUAGUAGAUACUUGUGUCCUAUCUGAGACUGAACUGCUUUAAUAA